GAAUCCAAAAUUGAAGCCUGGCCCAUUUCAUCCCACCAUCAAGAGAGCACAAAAAGCAACUCGAAAACCCUAACUCCCAUCUUAAAUCCUUCAGUCGCAUCAGCAGCAGCUCCUCCAUCUCCCGAAGCAGCCAUGGGGAUCGAUCUGAAGGCUGGAGGUAAGAGCAAGAAGACCAAAAGAACAGCACCAAAGUCCAAUGAUAUCUACCUUAAGCUCUUGGUCAAGCUUUACCGGUUCCUUGUGAGGAGAACUAACAGCAACUUCAAUGCUGUAAUAUUGAAGCGCUUGUUCAUGAGCAAGGUUAACAAGCCUCCACUAUCUUUGUCAAGGCUGAUUAAGUAUACCAAGGGGAAGGAAGGUAAGAUUGCAGUGGUGGUUGGGACUAUAACUGAUGAUAUUCGUGUAUAUGAUGUUCCACCCUUGAAAGUUACCGCACUCAGGUUUACUGAGACUGCUCGUGCAAGAAUAGAGAAGGCUGGUGGUGAAUGCAUUACAUUCGAUCAGUUGGCUCUUAGGGCCCCUCUUGGACAGAACACGGUCCUUCUUAGAGGCCCGAAGAAUGCUCGAGAAGCCGUGAAGCACUUUGGUCCCGCACCUGGUGUGCCACACAGCCACACCAAGCCUUAUGUGCGAUCAAAGGGAAGGAAGUUUGAGAAGGCUAGAGGAAGGAGGAACAGCAGAGGGUUUAGGGUUUGAUAUGAUGAUCUUUCUAUCCCUAUUUCUCUACUUGUGCUAUUAUUUUUGACAUUCAUAUUUUUCCAAUAUCAUAGACAGUGAUAAGAGUGUUCAAGUUGUUGUUUACAUUCUUAACUUUAUGAUGAUUUUUUUGUUUCUCGCCUUCCUCUCUCUUGAAGUGUAACGUAUGCUUACUAUCAACUAAGUUUUGAUGUUGAGAGUUUGGAAUUCAGACGUAACUAAACGUUGACAUA